CUCUUUUCCCCACCCUUUCCAGCCGAACUACAAGUCCCGGGAUGCUCGGCGGCAGCCGCCCCUAUGAAGGUGAUGAUGGGGGGCGGGAUUGGUGAGGCAGUUGCAGUUGCCGCCAUGUUCCACAGCAGCACGCAAUGGCGGCACUGGACCUUCCGCAGCGAGGAGGAGCUGGCGCGGUGCCGGGCCGAUGCCAACCGCAAGUUUCGCUCCAAAGUGGUGGCGAGCGGGAAGGUCCAGCAGGCUGACUCAGUCCUUCUGGAACCCCACGAGGAGCUGGCGAUAUGCAAGUACUACGAGAAGCGGCUGCUGGACUUCUGCGCCGUCUUCAAGCCGGCCAUGCCGAGAUCCGUGGUGGGAACAGCUUGCAUGUAUUUUAAACGCUUUUACCUCAAUAACUCAGUGAUGGAGUAUCAUCCUCGGGUCAUAAUGCUCACAUGUGCAUUUUUGGCCUGUAAAGUAGAUGAAUUUAAUGUGUCCAGUGCACAGUUUGUUGGGAAUCUUCGAGAAAGCCCUGUUGGACAGGAGAAGGCUCUUGAACAAAUACUGGAAUAUGAACUACUACUUAUUCAACAGCUGAACUUCCAUCUUAUCGUCCACAAUCCCUACAGACCAUUUGAGGGAUUUCUAAUUGAUUUGAAGACUCGUUAUCCAGCACUGGAGAAUCCUGAACUUUUGAGGAAAGCUGCUGAUGACUUCCUCAGUCGAGUGGCUCUGACAGAUGCAUACCUGCUCUUCACUCCCUCACAGAUAGCUCUCACUGCCAUAUUUUCUAGUGGUUCAAGAGCAGGAAUUAAUAUGGAAAGUUAUUUGUCAGAGAGCCUCAUGACAGAAGAAAAGACAUCUGUAGACAAGCUACUGGAUAUGAUGAAAUGCAUGAGAAAUCUCAUAAAGAAAUAUGAACUGCCAAGGCCUGAAGAGGUGACUGCUCUAAAGCAGAAAUUAGAGAAGUGCCACAGCCCGGAGCUUUCACUUAAUACAAACCCGAAGAAGAGGCGGGGAUAUGAAGAUGAUGAGUAUGUUGUAAAGAAACCUAAAAUGGAUGAGGAAGAGUGGACAGAUGAUGAUCUUGUGGAUACUGUGUGACUGAGGGGAGAUGGAAUCCUGACACUGCAGAAAACUAUUGUUGGGUGUCAAGUAUGAACCUGCCUGCUGCAGGUUCCUUACUGUCACAAGGUAUUUAUUCUGUCACUUUUUUGUAUCUUUGCAAUAAAGCAUUUUACUUA